AUGGCGUCUCAGCCGAAUUCGUCUACGAAGAAGAAAGAUGAAAAGGGGAAGAACAUCCAGGUGGUGGUGAGAUGCAGACCAUUUAAUUUGGCAGAGCGGAAGGCUAAUGCCCAUUCGGUAGUAGAAUGUGAUCAUGUGCGGAAGGAAGUUAGUGUUCGAACUGGAGGACUGGCGGACAAAAGCUCAAGGAAAACAUACACUUUUGACAUGGUUUUUGGAGCAAAUACUAAACAAAUUGACGUUUACCGAAGUGUUGUUUGUCCAAUUCUGGAUGAAGUUAUUAUGGGCUAUAAUUGCACUAUUUUUGCAUAUGGCCAAACUGGCACUGGAAAAACCUUUACAAUGGAAGGUGAAAGGUCCCCUAAUGAAGAGUAUACUUGGGAGGAGGAUCCUUUGGCUGGUAUAAUUCCACGUACUCUUCAUCAAAUUUUUGAGAAACUUAGUGAUAAUGGUACUGAAUUUUCAGUGAAAGUGUCGCUAUUGGAAAUCUAUAAUGAAGAGCUCUUUGAUCUCCUUAAUCCGUCUUCUGAUGUUUCUGAGAGACUGCAGAUGUUUGAUGAUCCCCGUAACAAGAGGGGAGUGAUAAUCAAAGGUUUAGAAGAAAUUACAGUACAUAACAAGGAUGAAGUCUAUCAGAUUUUGGAGAAGGGGGCAGCAAAAAGGACAACCGCAGCAACUUUGAUGAACGCCUACUCUAGUCGAUCCCACUCAGUUUUCUCUGUUACAAUACAUAUGAAAGAAACUACAAUUGAUGGAGAGGAGCUUGUUAAAAUUGGAAAGUUGAACUUGGUUGAUCUUGCAGGCAGUGAGAACAUUGGCCGUUCUGGAGCAGUUGACAAGAGAGCUCGGGAAGCUGGAAAUAUCAAUCAGUCCCUGUUGACUCUGGGAAGGGUUAUUACUGCUCUUGUAGAAAGAACACCUCAUGUCCCUUAUCGAGAAUCUAAACUGACUAGAAUCCUCCAGGACUCUCUUGGGGGACGUACAAGAACAUCUAUCAUUGCAACAGUUUCUCCUGCAUCUCUCAAUCUGGAGGAAACUCUGAGUACAUUGGAAUAUGCUCAUAGAGCAAAGAACAUACUCAAUAAGCCCGAGGUUAACCAGAAACUCACCAAGAAAGCUCUGAUUAAGGAAUAUACAGAAGAGAUAGAACGUCUGAAACGGGAUCUUGCUGCAGCUCGUGAAAAAAAUGGAGUGUACAUUUCUGAAGAAAAUUUUAGAGCUAUGAGUGGAAAACUAACUGUUCAAGAGGAGCAAAUUGUAGAACUGGUUGAAAAAAUUGCUGCUGUUGAGGAAGAGCUAAAUAGGGUUACAGAAUUGUUUAUGGAUAGUAAAAAUGAACUUAACCAGUGCAAAUCUGACCUGCAAAGUAAGACACAGGAACUUGAAACCACUCAAAGACAUUUGCAGGAAACUAAAUUACAGCUUGUUGAAGAAGAAUAUAUCACCUCGGCUUUGGAAAGUACUGAGGAGAGACUUCAUGAUGCUGCCAGCAGGUUGCUUAACACAGUUGAAGAAGCUACAAAAGAUGUAUUUGGUCUCCAUUCUAAACUGGAUCGUAAGAAGGCAGUUGAUCAGCAUAAUGCAGAAGCUCAAGAUGUUUUUGGCAAAAAUUUGAAUAGUCUGUUUAAUAAUAUGGAAGAAUUAAUUAAGGAUGGCAGCACGAAACAAAAGGCCAUGCUAGAAGUUCACAAGACCUUGUUUGGUAACCUGCUGACUUCCAGUGUCUCUGCAUUAGACACUAUUACUACAAUAGCACUUGGAUCUCUCACAUUGAUUCCAGAAAAUGUGUCUACACUUGUUUCUCAGAUGUCUAAUAUGAUAUUGAAAGAAGAAUCAUUAGCAGCAGAAAGUAAAACUGUACUGCAGGAAUUGAUUAAUGUACUUAAGACUGACCUCCUCAGUUCACUGGGAACAGUUUUAUCCCCCACCGUGGCAUCUAUACUGGAAAUCAAUAGUCAACUGAACAGUAUUUUCAAGACUUUGUCAAUUGUGGCUAAUAAGAUAGAAGAUCAGAAGAAGGAAAUGGAUGGCUUUCUUAGUACAUUGUGUAACAAUCUACAUGAACUAAAAGAAAAUACAGUUUCUUCCUUGGCUGAAUCACAGAAGCUGUGUGAAAACUUAACUGAAGACAUGAAGAAAACAAAGAAAAUCCAAUCACAGGAACUUUACCAGUUAAUGAAUCUUUGGGAGGAGAGAUACUGUGAUUUGGAGGAAAAGUGUAAAAACAUCCAGAAACCACUUAGCAGUGUUCAAGAAAAUACAGAGCAGAAAUCUAAAGAUAUAAUUAGGAAAACAACUUCUCAGAGUGAAAAAUUUUGUGCUGAUUUUGAUGAUUUGUCAGAGGAACUCAGACAUUUUAACCAAGAACAUACAAAAUUGGUUGAAGAGUCUAAGAAACACUGUGAUAAACUCAGUAGCAACCUUGAAAUAAUUUCUAAAGAGACCGAACAGAGAUGCGAAGCUCUGAACACAAGCACACUUUGUUUUUCUGAACGGUGGGCAUCUUGGUUAAGUAAAAGGCAAGAGGAACUUCAGAAUUUAUUGAAGGUUGUAAACCAAGGCUGUGAGACUUCAAGUUUAGCGCUUACUGAACAAUUAAGUGGGCAUAAAGCAGCUAAUGAGAACCAGCAAAACUUUUUUCUCAGUCAGAUAACUACUGAUGAAGAAGAAUUAAUGACACGAAGUCAAGAACUUAAUAAAACCGUAAAAAUGGGUUUGACUAAGCUUAACUGCUUUCUACAACAGGAUCUGAAACUGGAUAUCCCAACAGGUACGACCCCACGGAGGAAAAAUUAUGUAUACCCAUCAACACUGGUGAGAACCCAGCCACGUGAACAACUCCUUGAUCAGUUGAAAAUUAAACAGCCUGAGCUGUUAACAACGCUAAACUGUUCAGAAAACAAUGAAGAGACUAGUCAGGACUUGGAUGAAGAAAAUUCGGUUCCGGUGCUCACUGUUGAAGAACCUCUAGCUCAGGAACCAUCUGUAGAUACUAGUUUGGAUUGUUCGUCAAGUGGUGGGGUUCCAUUUUUCCAGCAUAAAAAAUCACAUGGAAAAGACAAAGAAAACAGAGGCACUAAUCCAUUGGAGAAGUCUAAAGUAGAAGAUAUCAUAGAGCAACCUGUUACGAAGAGCAGAUUACCUCUACGAGCCCAGAACAAUUUUUAG